AUGGUGACAAGUGUGCACCAUAACGAGCAGCCUGGUGACCUAGAUGCCGGAGAGGGAGCACAUGUGACAGUACCCCCUGCCAACUCGCUGCUUCAGCUGCAGGAUGCCGACCAAGAUGAUGAUCCUGGGGAUCAAGACCGCAGGACGCCAACCACAGGAACAAUCCCGGUGAUCCGGAGCGGCCCGUACGCCUCCCUUGAGGCGCAGAAACCUGAUGAGCUGGCUGAGACUUGCCUCGGUCGACGCAUGGAACCUGUUCACCCAGCUGAGGCAUGGGAGCCUAUCGAACCCGCUGAGGCAUGGCAGCCUCUUGAGCCAGCUGAGGCAUGGAGCUUAUCAGUCCCGCUGAGGUAUGGAAAUCUGUCGAGCCAGCUGAGACAGGGGAUCCAGCUGAGACAGGGGAUCCGGUCGAACCCGCCGAGGCAUGGGAAUCCGACAAACCGGCUGAGACCUUCCAGUACCCUCCAGACCCUGGGUCUCGGCCCCGCCCAGUGCAACUGGGUACUGGACUUCCUGACGGGCCGCCCCCGGGUGGUGAGGGUAGACAGCGUGGUGAAGAAGGCGCAACAGCGCCUCUUCAACCUCAGGAGGCUGAAGAAAUUGGGCUUCUCACAAAAAGCACUCACAAACCUCGACAGAUGUACAAUCGAGAGCAUCCUGUCGGGCUGUAUCACCGCCUGGAAGGCCAUAAAGAUCAUCAAGGACAACCACCACCCGAGCCACCGCCUGUUCACCCCGCUAUCAUCCAGAAGUUCGUCUUGUCCCGUCAAGUCCUACCAGCGUGUUCUCUUGUUGCAUUGUCUAAACUUCCUGUCACCGUCUCUCUGUAGGAUCUACAAGAAGACCAGCGGCAACGGCUCGAUUGCUCUCUACCUGGGGAAGAGAGACUUCGUGGACCAUGUGGAGACUGUUGAUAUCGUCGAUGGUGUGAUCAAGGUUGACCCCGCUGAACUUGAAGGCAGGAAAGUAUGGGUGUAUCUAGCAUGCUCCUUCCGUUAUGGGAGUGACGACCUGGACCUGAUCGGGAUGAACUACAGAAAAGACAUCUGGAUACAGAGGCAGCAGAUCUACCCUGUUGUUGGCACCAAACCAGCCAACACCCCCAUGCAGGAGGCCCUCCUGAAGAAAUGUGAGGACCAAGGCCAUGCCUUCACUUUCAAUAUUGAUACCAACCUACCAUGCUCAGUCGGCCUUCAGCCUGCACCAGAGGAUGUCGGCAAGGCUUGUGGUGUCGACUAUGAGGUGAAAGCCUACAUCGCCAAUGAGGCAGACGACCCUGAUGAGAAAAUUAACAAGAAGGACACUUGCCGUCUGAUCAUUCGUAAGAUCCAGUUUGCCCCAGGAACAAUACCUGCUGGACCCCAGGCUGACAUCAGCAAGAACUUCAUGAUGUCUGACAAGCUAGUCCACCUGGAGGCCUCUAUAGAGAAGGAGCUCUAUUUCCAUGGAGACCCAAUCCCUGUAAAAGUCAAAAUCAACAAUGAAACCGCAAAAGUGGUGAAGAAAAUAAAAAUAACAAUUGACCAGACAACAGAGGUGCUGCUUUACCAAGCAGACAAAUAUACCAAGACUGUUCUGAAUGAAGAAUUUGCGGAGGAAGUAAAAGGAGAAUCCACCCUGGAGAAGACUUUCACGGUGAUCCCUCUUCUGUCCAACAACAAAGAGAAGCGUGGUCUGGCUGUGGACGGCAGACUAAAGGAUGAAGAUACCAACCUGGCUUCUACCACACUCAUUCGUCCUGGCAUGGAUAAAGGAAUGCAGGGAAUCUUAGUUGCUUACAAAAUCAAGGUGAACCUCUUGGUCUCCAGCGGAGGCCUCUUGGGAGGCCUAACAGCCAGUGAUGUCGGAGUAGAAUUACCUUUGGUAUUGAUGUCUCCCAAACCUGCAGAUGUGUAA